UUCCAGAACCACAAAGUUAUGCAAGAGGAACAGCUUGCAAGAAAGAAAUCACAAGAACAAAUUCUACAAAAUUCGCUUAUGCUUCAAGGCAAAAUUCAAGAAGUUCUUCAAACCAUGGGUCGGGAACUACGACACAACUCAUCUUCUGACUAUGACAAGCUUUACAAGAGACAGCUCAAGGGAUUAUGA